AUGUACUCGCCGGGAUCCGGCGCCGGCGCCGGCGCCGGCCUGUACUCGCCGGUGUACUCGUGUCGGAGCGGGUCGCUGGUAUCGGAGCGGGACGCCAGCAUCUACUCGUCGGCCACCGCCUUCGGGAGUCCUUCGGCGUAUCUGGACAGUCCGCCAUUUAGAGGUCCCGGGGGCCCGGAGGGCGCGCUGGCUGGCGCCCUGGAGGGGCUGGGAUUCGGAUGCGAGGAUGGGGAGGCCUUCAUGGCCGGCGCGUACUCGCCGCCACGGGCGGGCAAGCCGGAGAAGCAGCAGCUGGUGCUGGACGAGGUGUGCAGCGCCCUGGCGGGCUGCAACGCCGACACCUCCGUCCUCGACUCCGUCGACCCGGGCGUCUUCCUGCGCUGCGCCCGGCCUCACCCGGCGAGACCCGCUGCCGCCAGACCCCCCCCGGGCCUCAGGGCCCGGCGGGGCAGCACUGGCCAGAGCGAGCGCGUGAUGGCGUACCUGAAGGCGCUGAUGGACGAGCUGGAGAGGGGCGGGGGCCUUGGGGCUCAGGCCGUCCCGGAGGCCCCAAGGGCCCGGCGCCACGGCCGCCAGGGGAGGCGGUCGUGCGGGGAGGAGCUCGCGUGUCAGUCCGUGGGUCAGUCCCCGUUGACCGGGCCAGCGCGCGGGGACGGCGAGUCCAUGGACGGGCUGGCGCUGGACCGGAUCCUGGCGGGCGGGCAGCGGGGCCCGGGGGCCCCGGAGGGCGGGCUCGGGCUGGCGUGUCAGUCGGCGGCGAUGGUGGGUCAGUCAGCGGGGAUGGUGGGUCAAUCGGCGGCGGGCAGGAUGAUGGCCUGCUGCGAGGAUCGGGGAGCGUAUCCGGACGGGUAUUACGACCUGGGCGCCGCGCUGGCGGGCGCGCCCGCUGGGACCCAAGGCCCAUGCGCCGAGUUCCCGCCGCCGCAGCCGGCGGUCAGCGGGUCAACGGCGUGGUCAACGGAUGCGUUGACCAUGGCGGCGGGCGGCUGGGAGGCGGCGGCCAGCCUGGGGCUGCUUCCCGGGGCGUACUCCCACUGUAGGGGCGCCCCGGUGGGGAUGGACCCCGGGGCCCAUGGGUUGACCCACGGAGCCGCCGAUGCGGGUCAGUCCGCCCCGGACCCCGGGGUCCGCGCUGGCGCGAACGACCUGCUGUUCGGCCUGCCGGAGGGGCUGCCGCAGAUGUGCGGGUGA